AUGGCCAUAGAUCUUAACACUCUUUCAGAUCCUCAUGGAGAGGUCCUACUUGAUCUCAAUGAACAGCCUCCGUAUGAGCAAGAUCAACUUUAUGAAGAUGAAGCCCAUCUCCAAGAUCAACAUGGACACCUCUUACCUGAUCUCAAUGAAAACCCUGUGUAUGAGCAAGAAGAUGAAAUCGCUCAUCUCCAGGAAGAUCAACUUUAUGAAGAUGAAUCCCAUCUCCAAGGUCAGCCCGUACAUCUUGAUCACAAUGAAUGCCUUGGUUUGCAUGUCAUUGAUCUCAAUGUUGCUGGUUCUGAGGGAGAACAAAAACAUCAUAAAGUAAUUGGAGUAGAGGAAGAGCAUCUACAGGCUGCAUGUCUCAACUUUGACGGUCCACCACAUCAAUUUGAUCUAAACUUUGCACCUUCUGAUCUGCAGCAGCAGAUGCACGGCAUGAUGGAAGACAUGCAUGACUAUGGUGUUUACGCUGAUGCUGUGGACAUAGUCUUCGAUGAAGAGGAGUUGGAGGGCUCGGAUGUCGAAGAAGAUCACCAUGCAAAUGAAAACAAUGCACAUCAGUCCAGAAAUUUGACAGAAACUGAACGACAACAAAUCUAUGCAGCAUUGCUUGAGAGAAGUAAUCGUCGAAGACUAAAAAGGAAAGCUACAACUAUAGUAGCACAAAUGUUCCAGGUGAGCAGGUAUAAAGUGCAGCGCAUUUGGCAGCGAGCAAAACAAUGUCGUGCCCAAGGAAUUCCAGUUGAUGUUAGAUCAAGGAAGCCUAAGAGAAGUGGCCGCAAAAAGUUGCAAAUAGACCUAUCUGAGGUUCUCAGUGUUCCGUUGCAUAGAAGAAGCACUAUUCGAUCUCUAGCGGAAGCCAUUGGUGUCAAAAAGAGCACUCUGCAUAGGUGGUUCAAGAAAGGGCUACUACGACGUCACUCUAGCACACUAAAGCCUCUAUUGACGGAACAAAACAAAAGAGACAGGCUCCAAUGGUGUCUUUCCAUGUUAGAUCCCCGGACACUACCACAUGAACCCAAGUUCAGGGCAAUGCAAAACAUCAUCCACAUGGACGAGAAGUGGUUCAACACCACUUCAAAGUACACGAAGUAUUAUAUGCUUCCAGGAGAGGACGACCCACAUAGGACCGUGCAAAAUAAGAAUCGUAUUGGCAAAGUUAUGUUAUUGUCGGCAUUAGGAAGACCUAUAUACGAUGAUGCAGGUAAUUGCAUCUUUGAUGGGAAGAUAGGAUUGUGGCCAUUUGUUAGAAAGGAACAAGCAAAAAGAAGAAGCCGUAAUAGGGGGAGAGGGACCGAAGUCACCAAGCCUAUUAAGGUAGAUCGAACAACUAUGCGGUCGUACCUGAUUGGUAAAGUUCUAGAAGCUAUUGUUCGACGGUGGCCACGAGAACUUAGAGGACAAACCAUAUACAUUCAGCAAGACAAUGCCCCUUCACAUGUUCCAGAAGAUGACGAAGAAUUUGCUAGGGCUGUAGCACAUACAGGGCUGGACAUACGACUCGUCAACCAACCUGCAAAUUCUCCAUAUUUGAAUGAGUCCAUAAUCCCAGAACAAAAGCAUUCCCACAUCAAGAGCAUUUAUCAUAAGCAUUCCAUGACACACAUAAAGCCAUAUAAACUGGGGACGGAAGAAUAUAGGUACCAAAAUCUUAUACAUGCUGAUGAAGACCUCAUGGUAGAUGGGAUCCAUGUUAGCAAGCACCUCCUUCAAACGUGCAGCCACUACUGGGGCCAGGUCCAUCCCGGAAGCAUCGUCUGGGGCCACCACCGGAGGGCCGAGGGGCAGAUCCUCGUCGGCAGCCCCGGAACCGGACACCGGGGGCCUCUCCACGGACAGAUCCGCCCUGUUCGCGAUCACGGCACCUUCGGCGGCCACCCCUACGCUGUCCGCGUCGACCUCCAUGCCAGAGUCUUCAUCCUCGGAGUCGAGCACAUACAGGAUGCCUUGAGCGUUGACGCGCAGGCGACCCCAUCCUAUAUGGCGGUCGCGCACAGAGAUCGAGUCUUUGGCGUCACUUUGGAUCUCAACGUCGGCUGGCUUCACAACACACUCCACACCAUCAUCAUCGUCGCAUAUCUUGGCGCCACCCUCAUGCCGGCGGUGCCUCCAUCGGCGGCGGUUCCACCGGUGACGCCUCGGGCACCUGCCGCCACCAGACUUGCCGGAACGAGGACGAGAGCUGUAAGAGGAAGACUAGAAGAGGAACCAGGGAACCAGAUCUGGAGAGAUGGGGCUCACUCUGGGAAGGGUUGGGAGCUCCGGAUAGAGACUGAACAGGGCCGGUGGGGGAGGCUUGGGCGGAGGAUGCGAUGCGGCAGAGGAAAGGAGUGGAUGAGGAGAGGGCGCCUGCGCGUGCCUCCUGCCGAAACGAGUGGAGGAGAGUGA